AUGGUCAAGCUCACAUCGUACUUCCUCAUCUCCCUCUCCGCCUCCCUCCUGGCCUUCUCCGGUUCUGUUGAAGCCAAAGCAGACCUGGGGGCAUGCUUCCUCAAAGUGCCCAAGAACCCUCUCACCGCCCACGGUCUUGCCAGCACUUACAUCCUCAAGAAGGGCAACUGUGACCAGACCAUUGCGGACCAGCAGGUCUUUGUCGAGGCUACGGUGUUUGAUCUUGAUGCAAACACCUUUAGCGUGUACCACCCACUCGUUAUUAACGAAGGCACGAAGCCAGCAAUCGCUCCAGUGGUCCCAAAGCUGCCCAAGAACUUCAUCGUCGGCCUCUGGUUCGGUGCAAACUCUGACUCAGUCACACUCACAGGCGACAUCACGGACUGUGUCAACGGCCUCUCGUCCACCGACAUCUUUAGUCAAGUCGCCUUCUGCAACGCCCACAAGUUUUUCCAAGCCGUCCAGAUUGCCAAGGAUGCUGGCAAGGUUACCAUCCCUCCUCUCGGCAAGGACCCCAAUGGCAAUCCGUGUCCCACGACCCGCCACUUUGGUAUCAUUGACCAGGACCAGAGUGAUAAUGUCAUUACGACUUACCUCCAGUCCAAGAGUGGCCAUUUCUCUCAGGCCACCAAGGCUAACCGCAACAAGCUCAAGAAGUUUACAGAGAUUUCCAACGGCUCUGAUAAUGCCUUGGUUGCCGACUUUCUCGAUCCUGAGCUCAAAUGCCAGCCCUUCAAAGCCCCAUCGCUGAUGGAAUCCGGCGUCCAGCUGGGCUCAAUGGCGCUCAACGAACUCCACGCCUCGCACCAACACGCCCCCGUCGCCUUGAUCCCUUCCAACGACCCCAUGGCCGUCUCCAACAACAAGCCCUCCCUCACAAAACUAAACGCCUACCGCCGAGGCGUCAACCAACACCUCGCCUCCAACCUCAACCAAGCAAACCCGAAGGCCUACUGCAUAAACUUUGGCAACGUUGCUCCUGGUUACAUUCAAAAGAUUGCAAAGUUCAUUAUCGGCGGCCCUUCGCCUGAUACUGGUGCUGCGGACAACUUGUUGACGUUUAUGGGUCAACGUUAUGCGGCGUCUUGGGUUAACUUGGGUUGCGACAAGAUUCUGAAGAAAACUUCGGAUAUCACGGUGACGACCGACAAGAAGGGGGUUGCGAUCAAGGUCCAUUUCCGCCAGUCCAAGCCUAUCAAGAAGUAG